AACCCCGGGGACCGAGAAGGGGUAGGGGCCCGGUCCCCAGGGCUUGGCGCGGGCCGCGCUGGAGGAAGGCCGUCCUGCUGGGCUGCGCACUGCUGGCUGCAGGCCCGGCCGACUGCCGUCGCGGAGACCCCAGAGCCCCGGCGUGUAGCGCGCGCAGGUGGGAGGUCCGGGCAGAAGACUGCCGCCAACCCGAUGGCCGCGCUCCCGGUAGCCUCCUCUCCCCAACUUGGGCGAGUUUGAAAAGGGCCCGACGGCUGGGUGCUCGCUCCUCCUCCCGCACAGCGGGUCCCGCCGCAGGGCCCCCGGCCGUCCCGACCACAACCCCGCGCACUGCUCUCUGGCGCGGCCCCCGGGCAGGGAGGGUUGGCCUCAAACUCGCCCGUCCGGCCCGGCCGCGCGGCCCGCCUCUGCCUCGAGGCAGUCCUGAGCCGCCUGGAGAGGCGUCGAGCGAGCGCAGUCCCAGCGCGCACCGCCUCCCCUCGCGUCGCCCACAGUAGCAGGGCGCUUUCGGCCCACACGGACCCAGGAGGCCUCUGCAGCCUCGGACAGGCGGCUCAAGGCCCAGCCAGGCCCUGGGGACUGCAGAGCGCGCCCCUUGGAUGAGGUCCCGCAGCGACGCCCCGGCCCGGCCCGCCCCGCUCCUCCUUCUGCCUGACCAAGCUGCCUCCCAUUUGGGAAGUUUUGCGGGAUUUCUUUCUCCUCCAACCUCGGCGGAGACCCCUGCUCAAGCGCCACAGCUGGGGGCAGCCGCCUCGCCUUCGGGCUGCGAGCCAUGGUGCGGGGCAGCCACGGCUGAAGACAGCGAACCCGAGCCUGGCCUGAAGCAAGCGGUGCUGGAGGCCGAGGCCAUGGCCAUUGCCACGUCGGCCCAGCUGGCCCGGGCUCUCUAUGACAACACGGCUGAGUCCCCACAGGAGCUGUCCUUCCGCAGAGGGGAUGUUCUCCGGGUCCUGCAGGAGGAGGGCGCUGGUGGACUGGAUGGCUGGUGCCUCUGCUCCCUGCAUGGCCAGCAGGGCAUUGUGCCAGCCAACAGAGUGAAGCUCCUCCCUGCUGGCCCAGCACCCAAACCCAGCCUCUCCCUGGCACCCUCCACCCAGCCUGGCUCACCACACCUAGCCCUGGAGCAUGGCAAUGAGGAGCAAGAGGUAUAUGUGGUGCCACCCCCAGCUCGGCCCUGUCCUGCCACAGGACCUCUGUCUGGAUCAUGCCCACCCUCUCCUGACCCCAUCUAUAAGGUCCCCAGAGGCAACGGAACCCAGCCUGGAGAUGCCCUGGAGAUCUAUGAUGUGCCCUCUGCUGCCCUUCGGACUCCCUCCAGUGACCCCUAUGAUUCCCCAGCCUCUUUUUCUCGGCUUCUAGCUCGGGUUGCCCCUCAGCCUCCUGGAGAGGGUGAUGCUACCUAUGAUGUGCCUCUGGCCCCAAAACUACCCACAGAGCUGGAGCCAGAUCUGGAGUGGGAAGGGGGCCGGGAACCAGAGCCGCCUCUCUAUGCUGCCCCCUCCAAUCUGAAACGGGCAUCAGCCCUCCUUAACCUGUAUGAAGCACCUGAGGAACUUACAAAUGGAGAGGACGGGGACGCUGAUGAGGGCAUCUACGAUGUGCCUCUGCUGGGGCCUGAGGCACCCCCUUCUCCAGAACCCCCAGGAGCCUCAGCCUCCAGUGACCUGGACACCCUGACUGGGCUUCUUCCCAGAAGCCCUCCACCCCCACACAGGCCCCGGCUGCCCUCUGCUGAAAGUCUGUCCCGUCGUCCUCUGCCUGCCCUGCCUGUCCCUGAAGCUCCCAGUCCUUCUCCAGCUCCCUCUCCUGCCCCGGGCCGCAAGGGCAGUAUCCAGGACCGGCCUCUACCACCACCACCACCCCGCCUUCCUGGCUACGGGAGCCUCAAGGCAGAGGGCAAUCCAGAGAGCAGAGCGGUGGAAGAUGAUCCAGCAGGACCCCACAAUGAGUAUGAAGGCAUCCCAAUGGCUGAGGAGUAUGAUUACGUCCACCUGAAGGGCAUGGAUAAAGCUCAGGAAUCUAAGCCCUUGGAUAGAGCCUUUCCAGAGGAUCCUGGACUGCUGGAGAGAGUGUUGCCGGAGCAACAGGAAGCCCUUUCCCCAGGGGAGCCACUCAUUCUGUCCACUGGAGACCAGCAGCUCUUGCACUUCUAUGCAGGGCAGUGCCAGAGCCACUACUCAGCACUACAGGCAGCUGUGGCGACCCUCAUGUCCAGCACCCAGGCCAACCAGCCCCCUGGCCUCUUCGUGCCCCAUAGCAAGCGGGUGGUGGUGACUGCUCACCGCCUGGUGUUUGUUGGGGACACCCUGGGCCGGCUGGCAUCCUCUGCUCCUCUGCGAGUACAGGUUGGGGCUGCAAGCACAGCACUGGGCCAGGCCUUGCAGGCCACUGUGCUGGCUGUCAAGGGGGCAGCACUGGGCUAUCCAUCCGGCCCUGCGAUCCAGGAGAUGGCACGAUGUGUGGCAGAACUAUCAGGGCAGGCCCUGCAGUUCACCACCCUGCUCACCAGUCUGGCCCCCUGAGCGUGCAUGGGUACAGCCUCCCCUUCCCUGCCUGCCAGAGCCACUCUCCAAGUCUCAGAUGGCUGACGGCUCUGUUUUAGGGAAAGGAGACAUAUCUUCCCUUUUCCACUCUUUCUGGUCAUCUCAGCCUUCACAGACAUCUCCUCCCCCUUUUCCACUGCUUUUAUACGAGCCAUUUUAUAUAAAUUAUUUAUAUUUAAUGUUAUUCCCUACUUUGCUGGGGUGGGAAGGAACUCUCCAGCCUCUGGCGGAGGUCACUGUGGUGCCUUCCACCUCUAAAAGUGUCGUACACAGACAUUCGGGUGGCAAAAACUUAGGGCCACACAGAGCCCCUUAUCCUGCUCCUUGGCUCCACACUGGUGGUAGUUGGGAGGAUAGAGGCCUGAACGUUGCCCAGAAUGUAGAGGUCUGGUGACACCAGAGGGCUUGUUCUCUCAGAAGGUCGGAGAGCUGGGCCUCAGGGAGCUGGGCCUCGGGCAUGGCCAUCCUCCUCAAUAAAGCCUGAGUUCUCA